UCCGGCCUCUGUAUCCUGCCGAUCACGGACCGGCAUUUACUUAGAAUCUGUGUAGUCAGGCCAGAGGCAAGGAUAUACAACAUACCUCUUCUCCAUUUAAUUUUGGAGUGAGAAUCUUUGCUUAGAGGCGCUUUAGUAGAACUUAUUUCCAAAACUUUUUCUUUUGUUUUAAACUGAUUUCUACCAUUCUGUUUCAUAUUAGGAGCUUAAAAAAUUAACAAUAGAUGACGUGAAAGUCGCCGUAAGGCCAUUGGAAGGCCUUUUUGAAGAGUUUAUUUGGGCUUUCAAUUUCAUUUUGUGAUUUAAGUUCGUAAUUUUGUUCCCGCAUGUGCCCCUUGAAAAAUGAUAACGAGUGGUCAGAAGGGUGGAGAACGUUAUGUUUAGUGACUUAUUCAAUACCAUGCUUUUGGAACAUGAUGUGGAUUUUUCUGCUGUUAUGCAAUGUCCAGAGCAUAUCAGCAACAUCUCGUUGGACAGUGGUACUGCGAUCUUUAAGUGUAACUGUAGUGCUUCGUGCCUCAGGACUCUUGUCGUUGUGCUCAGCUUCUUCACCUCCCGUUCGGCCGGAGUUCUUGGCCGUCUCCGGGGAAAUGGCAACCCUACCUUGCAAUAUAUCCACUCCUUUAGCCGACGAUGCAGCCUCGCUGAUUCUUUGGUAUCGGGAAGAUCUUCCAAACCCAAUAUAUACCUUAGACAUCAGAAAGAUGGCUUUAAAGAAGGCUCUCCAUUUCCCCAGUCCCGAAAUGGAGGGAAGAGCUUACUUCGACAUCAACGUCCACCCUCCUCUGCUCAAGAUUUACCCCAUCCGGAAGCCGGAUCAGGGGGACUACAAGUGCCGGGUAGAUUUAAGACGGUCCCGGACAUUUAUACAUUAUAUCCGUCUCAAAAUAUUAGUGCCUCCAAAAGUUGUGAUAACAGACGAGCAUGGUCAAACAAUGCAAGAUGUCAUAGGGCCUUAUGAUGAAGGUUCAUCCGUAUCUUUAUUUUGCGAAGCAUCUGACGGUGAGCCUCAACCUUCACUCACCUGGUGGAAGGGUAAUAUUUUAAUAGAUGACACAUAUAACAUUACUCCGCAAGAAGUAGUGAGAAAUGAAUUAUUAUUGCUAGAUCUACAGAGGUCUGAUCUCUUAGUCGAAAUUACUUGUCAAGCAUUUUUUACCAACCUCACGAAGCCCAGAACUCGCGUUGUGAUGUUGGAUUUAAAUCUGAGACCUUUGGAAGUAAAAGUAAUGCCCAGAAGAAGACCGUUAUCUGUUGAAUGGAUUGCGCAACUAACAUGCGAAGCUAGAGGUGGGCGACCACAGGCCGUACUUACAUGGUGGAGAGAAGGUAAGGAGGUCGAAGGAACAUCUGAAACGAUUUUAGAGGAUGGUAAUCUCACCAUGAGUACCUAUGCCUUUACACCAAAAGCAGAAGAUAAUGGGAAAACUGUUACUUGCAAAGCGACUCAUCCGAAUUUACCGAUGGAUCCUAUUACAGACACAGUGAGCUUAAAUGUGCAUUAUCCUCCACAACUUAAAGUUGCCAUGGGUGCAAGUAACCAACACUCUGGAAUUAAAGAAGGCAGUGAUGUGUAUUUUGAAUGUAAUAUUAAGUCUAAUCCCGCUGUGACGGAAGUAACAUGGUAUGCCGACGACGAUAUUCUGUCGACAAAUGUAUCUAGGGGUGUCCAGGUCAACAACCAAUCACUGAUACUUCGAGGAAUUACGAAGGAAAGUAGAGGACAUUACAGAUGUCAAGCGAUAAAUAUAGAAGGCCAAGGUGAAAGUGAUGUUGUGAAGUUGGACGUCCAAUAUUCGCCAGUUUGUAAAUUCGCAGAACAACAAACGUACAAUAUAUUUCAAGGGGAAGCUAUAAAUAUUACUUGUGAUGUGGAAUCUCUGCCAAGACCAUCGGCUUUUCAGUGGACUCUCAACAACACUUUAAGAAGUACCGUAGACCUAAAAAGACGUCACCCUAAAAUAUUUGGCGCUUUGCACUACGUUCCGCGAUAUCUUGGAGAUUUUGGAACUAUUAUGUGCUGGGGAAAGAAUGACGUCGGAGUGCAAAGAAUACCUUGCAUAUUUCAUCUAAUACCCGAAGGAGAAGUAACCACUGAUCUGGGCGUUCUUGCACCAUCAACGGAUGAAGAGGAUGACGAGAGUAACGGAAGGAAUGACACUUCAGGAUUCAUUCUGUCACCCGCUGUCGGUGUUUUAGUGGGCGUGGUUGUAGCAAUCAUUGUAAUGAUUCUUAUCAUUGUCAUUGUCAUGAAAUUGCAAGAUCCUCCGCCUAAAAGACGAACUUAUUUUGAGGAAGAAAAAUUCAAAUAUCCAUCACCGUUAAAAAAAGAUCCAAAUGAUAGCUUAGUCGAUGGCAACGAAAAAAGUCCAGAUAUCAUUCCUCUACCUAGUGAUAUUGAAGUUUAUGCGACAUCAGUAGCUGUUGAAAUGUGUUCAGCUUCUCCUCGACUUCCAAAGCAAGUGGCAGAAGUUUAUUAUACAGUCGAGAGUCAAACUUGCGUAUAGCCACCAAAUGAUUACAUUUCACACAUAAAGUUACUGGAAAAUCCUUACUUCUACAAAACCAUUUCAUUAAAGCAAAGGAGGGAUCAAUCACGAUGUAUUGGAAAGCUAUUUUUGUCAUUCCCUUUAUCACGAGCUUUUCACCGGAAGAUCAAGUUUGCAUAUUAGAAAAAUGAUAUUCGACAUUAGAAUACGACAGACCUAUUUUCAAAACCUCGGAGAUAUUGCCUUAUUACUUGACAACUGUUCUCUACACAAAUUGUAGCUGAUGCAUCAACACUGGGACAGUAGCAGCAUUUACUGCAGUUGUCAAAUAUCAUUAAUAACUAAUAAUUGCAAAUUGUAC